CAAACACAAGAGGCUUCCUGCUGCAGCAGCGGAGAGACACAACAAAAGCCAUGGGAGAAAUGUCCGGCUUUGAGAACAGAUUUCACUCUUAUUCCACCGCACAGCUCAACGAAAUGCUGGAGGACGAUGACAAGUUCCGGAAAAUUGUCCGGGAAAUGGAUGAGAUGCAAGAAAUGCAACAGAAUAAAGAGCUGACGAUUGCCAGUAAUCGCAGUCUUGCGGAGCAGAACCUCGGCCUGCAGCCCGAACUCGACCAUCAGAAGAUUCAGCUGACCAAACACUAUAGCUGUUUACAAGAGCUCCACGAGGCCUAUCAGCUCCGCAAGUCCACACUAGGAAGCGGUUCACUUGACACGUUGUUGGCUCUUUUGCAAACGGAGGGAGCCAAGAUUGAGGAAGAAACAGAGAACAUGGCCGAUUCAUUCUUGGAUGGAACCUUAUCUCUGGAUAGCUUUAUUGAUGACUAUCAGAACAAGAGGAAGCUAGCCCAUCUGAGGCGUGUGAAGAUUGAUAAGCUACAGGAGAUGGUGUUAAAAGGCAUUCAGGUUCCUCAGGGCUCCUCUAAUGGUCCUUCACAACCUCCAGAAACCUUCAGCUCCUCCGCACCCUUCCAAAAGCUUGCUAAUGAUUCUCCGUCCCAUGUAAGACCUACACCAACAUCUCAACCAUUGCCUUGUUACUACCCCUUGCCAAACAUGGUAGCAUCAUAUUCAAGUCCGUACCCACCAGCACUCCCUCAAGGACCCAGCACUGGUCUUCCCCCACAAGCGGGUUUUAUAAUGCAAUGAUGUUCUGUUCCUUAAACUUUUACAUUAGAAUGUGAAAUGUGUUUUUUGUUUCAUUAGAUGCACUUUGAUCUGAUACAGGUUUGGGUUCUUGACCCAUUUGCAGGCCCACAUGGAGUCUGAGCCAGUAGUCUUCUGCAAAAUGUCCUAAAGUUCAACACAUUCGCUACCACUUGUGUUUGCUCAUUUAGUAUUUCAGAUAAAUUGAUCAUGCCUUCAGCUAUCAAUAAGAGUAAUGUUCUUUGCUCUGUUUAACACAUUUUGCCAUAUUCAAAGGUAAAUUGUGUAAAAUAUAUAUACAUUUCCUCCUAUCUUAGCUAAUAUGCAGAGACUAUAAGACAUUCGUAGGUUGAUUUCCCUAAAACACUUCGGCUCUGUUUGUUUGAGCAUCCCAACCAACUUGACGUAACAACAUUGGCUCAACCAGUGGUGUGAGUUUGGGAUGGGGCACUUAGUUUGUAUGACCAGGGCCAAGUAAGAGGAGCUUUCUGGAAACCAGUUUGAAAAACAUAAAAUAUAUAUUUUUUUUUGCAAUUCCAUUUGGUGUUGCAGAUAUUACACACUACACUUUUAAAUACAUUUUGCCAAAUGUUCCCCGUAAUCAGAGCUGAAAAUGUGGAAAAACUGUGCAGAUUACAUGUGGACCUGCCAGUUUGUUAACAAUGUAAUAUUAAUUUCAGCAUUUGUUUUACAUAACAUAAAAUGCUGUGUAGCUAUAAUAUCAGAUUCAGAUUACUUAAUGAUUUUACACAUUUAAGACAUCAAAACCUUUCAUUUAAAAUCUUAAAUUACAUGUACAAAUAGGGAGUAUUGCAUUUCUCUGUAAAUAUUUCUAAAUUUGACUGAAAAAUAUAGUGAAAUAGAUAUGAUCCUAAAAAAGAAGGAAAUGGUUCAUAUGCUCAUGAAAGACUGAGAAUUUACUGUGUAUUUUGUAUUUAUGUGAAAACAUUCCUUUUGUCAUUAUUCCUUAUUGCAAUGAUGAUUAUGUAUACUGACAUUUUGGAUUUCUGGCUCAGAACUAACCAGCAACAAAAGAUGCACUCCAUCUUAUACAUGAACUCUCCAUACAGGCUGUUUCAUAAGUUUUUGGGACUUAAACUUUAGUUUUAAUGUAAAUAUUCACUGUUUAACAGUAUCUGUGGCAUUAACAGACCAGACUAACAAGUAGGUCUGCUGUUGUAAACCUGCAAACCUUAAACUUUUUCACUGUUUAAAAAAACAAAAUACUAACAUAAGUUAUUAAUGUUAUAAUAUUAAAAUAAUUUGAAUUCUGUUUACAUUUCCAACAUGUAAAGUGAUCUAUUUUGUCCUUUUAUUUCGUUGUUGGAAUUUCACUUUGCAGAAAAGUGCAGGUACUUUGAUGUAAAAUUGUUGUCAUGCUGGACUGUGACAAUUUAUGUGGACAUUUUUUAAGAAGGAUGUUAUUAUGCAAGUUUGUAAUGUUAGAAAGUCACUUGCUGUAAUGGUAAAUAAAUCAAAAUCAAUUGUGCCUUGCAACAAACAAACAAAAACAAGUGAUGUUUAUUGAAGAAGAAAGCAUUUAAUCACACUGUACUUUGUUUAAAAUCAUCAACAUGUUUUUUUUUUUUUUUGGAAAAUAAUUUUGAACAACUGUUUAAUCUAUAGUGUGGAACCUUGUAACACUCCUUAUGUAUAGUACUGUAAAUUGUAAUUGUUUUAUCAGUGGUUAUUAAUGUCUAGAUUGUUUUUAAUGCUGAUUAAUAAAUCAAUAAAACACUAACAGAAAGCAAAAAGUCAA